AUGUCGAUUAUGUUCCGCAGAUCAUCAUUUUUGUUGAAAGGUGCCCUUAAACGCUCUUUCCCUAAGCCUAAUACACCAUAUGUACGUUACUCAUCGUCUUCUCAUAGUAAGUCAAAUGCCCCUUUUGGUAAUAUCGAACUUCCAGCGUUGCUGCUAGCUGGUGUGACUACAUUGGGUACUAUCUACUUGAUUACUCCAAAGGCUGCUAAGAGGGAGAAGGUUAGAAGUGCAACUCAGGCUGCUGCAACUCCAAUGACGACGGUUGCUGCUGAUGUCGCAGACGCUGAGGAGAAAGGCCUGUCGGCCAGUGUUAAUGCUGAUGGUACUGUUGAUGUUGAAGGUGAAGACAAUAGUGCAUCAAUUGAGAGUGAGCCUUCUGCGCCUGAGGAGGGAGCCGGAGCUGCUCAGGAGGAAGGUUCGGAGGAAGCCGGAAGUCACGAGUCUGCUUACAACCCAGACACUGGUGAAAUAAACUGGGAUUGUUCAUGUCUAGGUGGUAUGGCCCAUGGUCCUUGUGGAGAGGAGUUCAAAGCGGCAUUUUCGUGCUUUGUGUAUUCCGAUGCUGACCCCAAGGGCAUUGACUGUGUGGAAAAGUUCCAAUUGAUGCAGGAUUGUUUUAGACGCUAUCCCGAGACUUAUGCAGACCAACUGAAGGCGGAAGAUGAGGCUAUAGAAGAAGAGACUGGUGAAAAACGCCCUGAAUGGAACGCUGCUAAAGCUGAUGCAAUUGAGAACACUAACACCCUCCCAUCGUCCACUGAGACGGAUAAAUAA